CAAUUCUCAUAUUCAACAUAGUGAUCAAUAUUUCAUAUGAUCCACCUUCAAUUUUCGCCAUGAAAUUUGUUUUCCUCCUAACCUGCUGCCUAUUUUUCAGGGCGGCGAUCUCAUUGUCAAAUUCUCAACAAUACGAGGCAAUUUUCAACUUUGGUGACUCUCUUAGUGACACUGGAAAUUUCCUUCUCUCUGGUGCCCUUGCAUUUCCAGUUAUAGCAAAGCUCCCUUAUGGGGAAACCUUCUUUCGACAUGCAACGGGGAGGUGCUCCGAUGGACGCCUAGUGGUUGAUUUCAUUGCUGAGGCAUUUGGGCUACCACAUUUGCCACCCUAUCUUGCACUAAGCAAAGGCCAAAAUUUCAAGCACGGAGCAAAUUUUGCCGUUGCUGGAGCCACUGCACUUGACCCAGAUUUCUUCUACCAACAACAGGUCGGACACACUCUGUGGACAAAUGACUCAUUAAGUGUUCAGCUUGGUUGGUUCAAGAAGCUCAAGCCCUCCCUUUGCAAAACUAAACAAGAGUGUAACGAUUACUUCAAGAAAUCGCUGUUUGUCCUUGGAGAGAUAGGUGGAAAUGAUUACAAUUACGCCUACUUUGUCGGUGGAACACGCAAACAACUUAAAGCUUCUGUGCCUUUGGUUGUUGAAGCAAUUAUUAGGGCCGCAAGUGCGUUGAUAGAAGAAGGGGCAGUGGAGUUGUUGGUUCCAGGAAAUCUGCCUAUUGGAUGCUCGGCCGUGUACCUGACAUUGUUUCAGAGCCCAAACAAAGCUUCCUAUGAUCAACGAAAUGGGUGCUUGAAGGCUUACAAUGGCUUCUCAAAGUAUCAUAAUGAACAGCUUAAGCGUGGCCUUGAGACGCUUAGAGUGAAGUACCCUCAUGCAAGGAUCAUCUACGCUGACUACUACGGUGCUGCCAUGCGCUUCUAUCAUGCUCCCCAUCAACACGGGUUCUAUAGUGGGACUUUGACAGCUUGCUGCGGAGGGGGAGGACCAUACAACUUCAACAACUCCGCAAGGUGUGGACACACUGGUUCCGUAGCCUGCAAAAACCCUUCCUCUUUUGCAAAUUGGGAUGGCAUUCACCUAACUGAAGCCGCUUAUGCCCAUAUUGCCAAGGGUUUGAUCUAUGGCCCUUCUACUUCUCCACCCCUCUUAAUCACCAAUAUAUCCAUAGGUCCCUCCAAUUAAUUACAUAGUCCCCUCCUAACAAGUAUAUGGUACCUACUUAUGUUUGCAUGAACAUUCUCCAUAAUAAUAUAUUUCAAGUAUGCAUAAUUUAAUUUGUUUCCAACUUUUGGUACUUCUUAGCACCAAUUAUCAAAAACAAACUUGCUUAAUUUUGUGUCGAAUGCAUUGUACCUGCAACAAUGAAAAUUGAACCUUCAUUUAAUUAAAAGUUUUAUUAUUGUGCUCUUACUGUU